AGUCAACAUUCGACGUCAUAAUUAAAGAUACAUGUCUCAGUGGACCCACACACCGGGAACCAAAAUAAAUUUUAUAAACUUCCCUUUUUCUUAUAACCUUACGCACCCACCCGGUAAAAGCUAUUCGUGAACAAUUCCAACCGACGCAAUCAGGUUGACAUCUAUUUCGCCAAAAAAGAAACAGCAAAUUGAUUUGUAUAAAAAGAAAUAAAUGCAUUAUUUAGCUCAACGGGCUACCGUUUUCCGGCCGCGUGGACUUCCUUAUUGCACGUAGACCUACACGAUUGUAAGCGAAAUACAACCAUUCGAACUGCAGCAGUUGUAUCAACACAUUGGUGUUAAUUAUCACGGAACAAAUCAGGAUGUCGUCGGAUGUAGGAUUAAAACAAGCUGAUUUGAAGAAAGCCACUUUAAAGAGUUGCCAUUCACAUGAGAAUGACAGCCUGGCUUACUCAAAAGAUCACUUUGAAAAAUUCAAAGAAGAAUAUUGCUGGGAGUUUCAAAAGGGUAAACUGAAGUAUUUCAACAAGGACAAUCCUGAUAAUUCUACAACAACCACUGUUGUUAAAAUUGAGAGAAGGAGGGGGACCAAGAUGCUUAUUCUCAGGUGUGGACCAAAAGGACGUUUGGUUUUCUUCUUGGAAUUUGAUUCAAAGAAAUUGACAGAUGAGUGGCAGGAGGCAAUAUGCCAAUUCACAGGUCAGGAGUACGACCCAAGUCUCGUCUUAAGAAGGGUCAAGUCUGAUUUACAUAAAGCACUACGAGCAAAAUACAGAGCAAACAGAUCCAAAUCAGCCUUUCCGGACAUCGAUGAUGAACAGAUGCCGGAUGACACACAUUCUGAACAAGACGAACCUUCAUCGGACACCUCACCAGAUUCCUCUGAUGAGUCUCCUGUAGCCUCCUCAUCUCCGCCAGAAACCAUGGCAACCAUGGUAGCGCCUCCUUCUCCCAGCGACGAGUUGCUGGUAGUACCAAGCUACAGUAGUCAUGGUAGUGGUUCCGUUGAGACAGACGACAGCGAUGACGGAACACAAAAUGCUUCCCGCCCUUCCAGCUUGCGGUCACGUGACGGAGAUAUCAGUCCAUCUCUGUUAGAUUUACCAAACAAAUCAGUUGAAAGAGAAUUCGAGGUAUCGGAUUUGCAAAAACUCGUACUCAGAGACUGCAACGGGAAUGUCGUGAUACAAAGUCCAGCCCUAGAUUGUCAGCUACAUACCGGAGACAUCGUCGUAAUGAAAAAUGAGCAAGGUCUACCGAUGAACGCCCGAGAAUUGACCGAGUACAUCCAAUCAUUGCCCGAUCCGUCGAAGAUAGUACUUACUAUUGGACGAGGUUCUGUAUGCGUGGCAAGAGUGGAAGAAAGUGAAUUAGUGAUCAACAUCAAAGAUUCUCAGAUGGUUAGAGUAAACCCAGUCGAUGCAAUCAUCCAGGCAUGCACAUCGGCGUGUUCUGUUCUUCAUAAUGGUAGUGGGAACCGUGAAGAAUCUAGAACCUUGAUUACAGAGAUAGACGGAAUUCAUUUGGAUACCUCUACUCAACGUGAUCAGGUGACAGAGAGGGUUAAAGAAGCUCUGGAAACAUCAAAGUUUCUAACGAUUCGUCUUGUUCCGCAGUCACUGUUUAAGACAGUACCUUGAUGAUAUGGGAGACUGUUUCUAGGGAUUACUCUAGCUGAAGAUGAGGAUCUUCUCCCAUCUACAUAUGUCUACUGAUCUUUCUUUUAACAGCUGUAUGUGCGCCGGCGUGCGAUACAAUCAGCUCGCAAGUGCCGAAUGAACCGGCAUCAGAAUAUGGCAAGCAGUUAUACCUUGCACUGAUUGCCAUCCAUAGGAAACAAAUUAGUGUCUUUGCCCUGGCAAACUCUGGAUAAGUAUGCCACGUAACCUGCCUGUGUAGCCUGCCUGUUACAACGCUAAGUUUAUUGCAGGUUAUUAUUGACAAUCUUGGCUGACUUGACAUUGACUCUAUUCUAAAUGGUUGUCAACGCGACAUAACUCUUACAUCUUUUACGAAAGUCGCACAAAAUUACAAAAAUAUCAAUAGUGAUACAGAAAUGGCACUGAAUAUGACUUUGUUGAAGUAAUUAACGAUUUGGAUAGUUUUAUCAAAGGCUUGGUGUAUAAGGUUUGGAAAUGUUGAAUGACAGUAUAUAGCAUAAUAGCUCUAUGGUUAGCGCACAAAAUGGAAAUAGACAUGGGUUCGAAAGAGGAGGUGUUAUCCGCAAGCCCAGUUUCAUUGUCAAUUACCAUAGUUAAAGUGUGUCUCAACCAAUCAAAAUCAAAAGUUGUCAGAUAAGCAAUGCUCAUGAAACGCUCCCCUGGAACUAAGAAACUGUGAAAUAGAUAGGGGAGAGUGUGAUAACAAAAUCCUUUAGUGUGUUUCGAAGUUGUAUUCUGUGUAAUGAUUGAAAUAUUUUAUACACUGUACAUAACAUGACUUUUAUUCAGCAUUGCCUGCCUUUUGCUGUAUUAGAGGCCGUCCGCUAAGAUGAUUGGCAAAUUGUAUGUUUUGUUUUUACCUUGAAAUAUUUUGUAAUUCUAAACACAUUAUGAAAAUACAAACUUAUCAUUCAUAUUUGUCGUGGAGGCGCGAUAGCUCAGUCGGUAGAGCGGGGGUUUCGGAUUCCGGUGACCCGGGUUCGAUUCCCAAGUGGUGCGCUAGUGCCCUUUGGUAAGGCAUUUAUCCUCAUUACCAGGUCCAUCGGAGAGGACCUUAAGCUGUCGGUUGCUUGCUCACAGGCAUUCGUGCUUUCUUAGCAGUCAGGUAAAAAAACCUCGAUAUAACAUAACAUUAUCUAUUAUAUUAUAUCUUUUAUUAUCAUUAUUAUGUUUAGAUGUAUGCAAGCGUGGUUUUCGGUGGCUUUCUGUUGGCUGUUGUAAUGUAAGAUUAUAAAUGAUUUCCUAAAGCAACAGCAGCUGAGCGUUGCAGCUGCAUGUAUCAGCAUUAAAGUAUUAUUGCAGAGAAUAACGCUUAGAUCAUUAAGCGGUUAAGUGUAAUAUAGCGAAACAGUAAGGACGCAAUUUUAAUCAACUUCCAAUAUUUUAUUAAUAAAAUUUUUACACUGUUUAUAGUUUAUUUCAUUGGAUAGAACCACGCAUAUUGGAUGCUUGACUUCAAUUUACUUAUUCAAUAGUUACAUCAAGUAAAAUCUGUAAAUCCAAUCAUAUUUACAUCGACUAAAGAGAAAUUGAACUUUCAUUCGUAUUAUCCUUUAUGUUAAGUUGAGUUUGUAUAACCUUGUUCGGUCCAUGCUGAUAUUAACUUUAAAUUCAUAUCUACCUCGGCUCAAGUCAGCACUAAUCACAUAGCUCCUAGAUUCUUACCCACAAUGCAACAUUAUGAUCAUGUAUUCAUGUAACAAUUAUCCCUAUGUAUUGCAAGGAUAAACAAUAAUUAUCCACUAGUCUUUACAUCACUCAUAAUGUAUUAUUUUGUCAGGCGAAGCACUGAUUAUUUAAAAAAAAAAAUUAAAGUCAUGAGCGAGCGAAGAGAGCGAGGAAUAUAUAUUCGGCUUGUGUAAUGCAAAAAGCUAAAUUUGUGAUAUACUUUGACAAUAUUUUGAAAAAUUAUAUUUCAUUAUUUUCCCUUUCAUUCACUUGGUCUUAGAACAUUUGGAGCCCAUGGCCCAAGGCCCCCUAUGAAAGACGUAUUGAAUUCAUAUAAGACACUAAGCCGUAUUGAAAUCAUAUUAAAUCACGUACUUUUCAAGUUUUCAUCCACAUAGAACAGUAAUAUGAAUUACAUUAUCAUAUUAGUUAACUUAUUAACCCAAGUCGAAUGCAAGUCUAAGGGAUUCAUUUUUACUUUUUUAAAUAAAUGAUUUUUAUUUGACUCAUUUUGAUUACCUUUUAUACUGUAAAUUCCAAUUCUAUGUUUUCCACUGAGAAUGCAUGUUUGUAUAAACAUGUACACUUGUACAUGCAAAGAAAUAUAAUAAAGAUGUUUAUUUUUA